GGUUCCAUCAGUCCGAGCUAGAACCUCGUCGCGAAAACUCGUCGUGACAGCCUGGGCUAUACAGAAAACUUUUAAACGAAUAAUACAUAAUUAUUAAAUAUAAAUUAAACCUUAAGACUAUAUAAUUUACUAACUAAUUUCAUUUUAUUAUAAUUUUUUUUUGAGAUAUAAUUUGGACAUCGCCGUGAUAAAGUUUCAAAAACUUUACAAAGUUUACCAACUUUAGUGCGCGUGCAUAAGCUACGGUAAUGGUUGAGUGAAGAUCUCAAUAAACCGGCUAUAAACAAGAUUCCACGAUGUUCAAGCGCGGGCUGAAGGCGCGCUACGUGCGCUUUAUGCUGAAGUCAAAGGCUUGGCGCGUGCCAUUGAAACUCUUCAAGUGGCGCAAGUCCAAGUCCAAGACGGACUACAAUCUGGUCUCCGACGACGAGAACGAUUUGGAGAUUCCACUGCACCCCGAUGAGGCUUUCGAGUACGGGAUCACCUUCGGUGCCAAGUACAUUGGUACUCUCGACGUGCCGAGACCAGCAAAUCGGAUCGAGAUUGUCGCUGCUAUGCGUCGUGCGCGCCAUGAUUUCAAGGCGGAUGGGGCUGACCAGCGUAAGGUGCUAAUGGACAUCUCCACCAACGGCGUCCGCGUGACUCUACGCACCAAGAACAACAGGUUUCGGCGUUUCUUCCGUCGCAAGCGCAAGAACGCCCAGCCGAAGGAGCCUUUGGAGUUAAUGCACCAUCCCAUUUAUCGCAUCUUUUACGUUUCGCACGACAGCUACGAUGUCAAAGUCUUCUCUUACAUCGCCAGAGAAGGGUCGUCGAACGAAUUCACUUGUAACGUCUUCAAGAGCAAGAGGAACAAGCAGGCCAUGAGGAUUGUACGCACCGUGGGCCAAGCUUUCGAUGUGUGCCACAAGAUGAAAAUCACCAGCCCUGGGCAACAGGCUGCGUCUACAGACGGGCCCAGCACUUCCGGAAUGGCCGGGAAAACAUCCAAAGAAACACCCUCUACAUCUGGUGCUUCCGUGUCUGGUGGGGCUUCGACAUCCAAGGGAGAUAAGGCAGAAACCUCUCAAGGGUCGAAAGGGAAGCAACUGGCACGUCCAACCCGUCUGGACUUGCCUGCGUCGGCUAAGAAGGGGGGAGGAAAGCGCUCGCAGCCGGCUCCGCCAAUACUUACGGUCAAUCUGCCUGAGCUGCCGGAGUUCAUCACCAAGAUUGAUUUGCCGGUCGUGCCUGAGAUCGACCCUGAAACACCGCUGAGCGCACAACAUCAGCUCAAACUCCUGCGCGAGAGACUUGAGCUGCAAGCGCAGCAAACUAAGGCAGCAGUUGCCCAACUCAUUCUCAUGAGGGAUCAGCUUGUUGCUGAACAAACUGCUCGCUGUGAGGCUCAGUCCCGAACUCACCAACUGCUGAUCCAUAACAACGAGCUUCUCGAGCACAUUUCCACCUUGGUGGCUCACCUGCACGAGCGGGAGAAGAACGCUCAACCAAUCAGCGCUCAGCAACUGACAAUGUUGCCGCAGUUGUCUUCGAGUGCGAAGAUAGAUCGUUGGUUUUCACUGCUUCCUAACACUGCGCCGGCUUUGUCAAGACCAGAAAGCGGUUUCGUCUCCGGAGUGGAAGACGCGGCAGACCCCGCUACCCUGGCUGAAGCUAGGAACCUCCUCCUCCAAAUGGGAGCUAAGAAGAAGCGGCGCUUCAUGUUUCUACGUUUUGCAAGGAGAAAAGUCCUGAUGAAUAAGCAUACUUCACUUUAAAUUUAGAUAUUAUGUACGAUCUAUUUAAAACUUUCUAGCAAUCAGUAUACAAUUUUUUGUUUCCAUUUUGGUGCAUACAAACAGGAAAUACAUGUUCUUAACCAAUUUAUAGAUAUGUUUCUAGAUAUUCUAGAUAAGAGUGUUAACUGUAUGGAUAACUUCGAUAUUUUGAGAGUGUUGGUAAAUAUGCAAGAAAUGUGAUGUGACCAAAAUACUUUAAACCGUCAACUAUUUUUUAUUUGUAAAUCUUUUUCCAUUGUUUUUGAUCAUUGUUUAAAUUAAGCUAGAGCCCAGACUGAUUAAUUGUAGUUAUAAAAUUUUAAGCUAAUUAAUUGAUAAUUGGACAUUAAAAAAAUGAAAGCUUCACAGAGUUGGAUACAUUUAAGACACGACAACUUAUUAAAUUAUGCUGAUUAGAUAAGAUUCUUUUCCUGAUAUUUUGUACCGGUCUAUUUUGAGUGUAUGUCCAUUGCCUUAGAAUAAGUAAUGUUCUUAGAAGAAUCGCAAAUACCCGGUUUCUGAAGAUUCGUUGCUUAGUUACCGUGUAAAAUAUAAGAAUGUAGUGCCCAAAUCAGCGAAAUUAGGUCAUUUAAGAUAAACUAAUUUUAACAAUGUAUAACUUAAGAUGCUUAGUUCGAAUUUUGUAGUUAUAGAACCAAUAGCACUAUAAUUGGAUUAACAUUCAACGAAAAGACUUUAGAAACCGGGUGUUAGAAAGGUAAAUAAAAAUAUUUAAUAAUUAUUAUUAUAAUAAAGAUAUAGGUUUUUAUCUUUAUGUUGGGAGCAUUACGGUCUUAUAAAGAUUUACUUGUAAGAUUUACCUUCUGAAAUGGAAAAGCAUUCGAUUAAGGCAUCUAAUAUAGUUACCAAAGCGAACCGGUACCCAAGUGACCACAAUCUUAUGAGACUAGCAUAUGCAUUGCUAGAGGAGGGUAUAUAUGACGAAGCGAGGGCCGCAAGGGUGUGAGCGUAUGCCAGUCGUUCGUGUCUGGUGGCUUGGAUGUCCGAAAACAAACACGUUGGGCGUUCACUUGGUUUAAUUACAUAGUUGCAAAUUUCUAAAUCUGUCUGAAUCGGCAAGAAGCAACGAAAUCGCGUUUGGAACGCGGUGAAGUCGGAAAGAAUCUCACAACACGUCCGCCCAAGUCAAUCUCCCUCCAAAAUGGGAACUCACAGAAUGAUAGCUAUGACUUUGACACAUUGAUACCGUCAUUGACACUGACAUUAGCAUUGACAAUUGAUCGCCCUGACAUCUCAUAGUGUUGCCAAACUCAACUUCCAAAUACACCCAAGUCAAAUCGACUUGACGUUCCAAAACACCCUACGAAAUUGUCGCUAUACAUAUACUAAACAUUUCGAAAAACACUUAAGGUAUCACUAAGCUACCUUUCAAUAGACCUAACCUACAUCAUCGGCUAGCGAUUUAGUUUGAUGCAGUAAACCAUUAAGUCUUACUUGUUACGCUUCACUUCGGUUCCUGAUCGCUUUCGCAGCUGUCUUAGAGACUACAAAAUUUGGUUUCCAACAGUCCUAACAUGAAGUUAACAAUCUAUAAUAACAUGAACAAAUUGAAACAAAUGCAUUUCUAGCGUAUAUCGUAGUUUAGAUACAUAUAAUUAAGCUUGAAUGGCAUACAGCGACCAAAUAUUUCGAUAUCGGGUACUUACGCCUAUUAGAUUUAAAGACGCGAUCAAUUUAUGUUAGGUAAAAAUAAAAUUAUUCAAAAGUAAAUAAUAUAUUUUUUUUUCAUUUCUAGGCUCUCUAGUGCCAUUCUGUUUCAAUACAAGAGUUCAUAGCAUACGUUGUAAGGAUUAAUAAAAAACUAAUAAAUGAUUCUAUCUUUACACAUUAAGGGCCUGUCCCACCAAAUUGUAUAUUGUCUGAUA